AUGAUAACGAAUAAUUUAUUAGAUGUUUACAAACCCGAUAACAUCUCAUUAGAUCAAAAAAUUGCAUUACGCUUUCGAAAUAUUCAUAUUGUCAUGUUUUAUCUUGUCCAAGAAAAACUUCAUGGUCCAGUUUGUGUAGAAAAAGUUGUUACUAAUCGUGUUAUUGAACAUCAUCAACAAAAUCAAUUUAAUUUAGAAGCUGUGCUAUUAUUUUUAAAAAUGAAAUUAUUAAUUAGUAAUAUCUACGACUCAGCAUUGGCUCAAAUGUUGUACAAUGAACCAUACUCAUCCUCAGUUAUACUAGAAUUUGUAUUGAAAUUAAUUCAUGUAUGUAAAUUUGAGAGACCAAUGUUCUAUCAACAUCUUAACAUGCCACAAUGUUUACAAGCAAUCAAUGUAAAAGUGGUUGUUAAUCAUACACCAGUCGAAGGGUAUUUGGUUCCAUAUUCAUUUGUUUGUGAUUCAUUUUUUAUUUAUUCUUCAUCUUCAUAUAGAUUAUUGCAUGAUACAAUGAAUAUUAUUUGGUUAGAACAAGAUCUAAAUAUUCGAACUAAUAAUGAUACAGACUUUGGACGGGCACUAAUUGCAUUUAAUCAAGGUCUAUUUCAAGCAAGAAAUUUAACAAAAUAUGAUCCACCAAAUUUAAUUGGACGAGCAAAAUUUCUGCUAAAAGAAUGGAUAAAAGUUUAUAUGAAUGUUAUGAAUGAAGAAGAAUUAAUACAAUUCUAUUAUCAAUUUGCGUUGCAACAUUAUGAACGAUUAUACUAUGAAAUUAGUAAACUACAAUCGACUGUUAAAAAUUUAUUACGUUAUGAUUAUAUGACACGAUUUUAUUGUAAUCUGUUUACUAUUGCCGUAUCUUAUUACGAUGAUCUUUUACCAUGUAAAUUAAAAUCAACAAGAAAAAGAUUGAUUGUAUUAGAAUCUGUAGCAACGUUAUGCGUUUGCAUCAUUUGUGGUGUAAUCAAGGCUGAACAUGAUAAAAAUAAUCUACAAGAAUUUCCGUCAUCGUCUUAUAGUAAAAUGCUUGAAACAAUGUUUAAAUUACUGAUUAAAUCGAAUAAACUUCUUCUAUUCGAAACAUUACAAGGAUUUACUUAUCUGCUACAUAUGACUCGUCCUACGAAUACGCCACGUUUUGCAUCAGGUUGGAUGCAAUUAUUAUCAAUGUCAAACUUUAUUGGAACAUUAGCCAGUCUGAAUAUCGAGUCCUUAGUUCUAAAACCUGUUCUAUAUGGGCCAAAAAAGAAUUUUGAACAACCAGUUGUAAGUGGAGAGUUUCAAACAACUUUGAAUUACUCCAAAGUAUUUCUAUUUUGCCUAAUUUUAUCCAUUCACUCAUUAUUUUUUCUUUCUAAUUGAUUCUAAUACAAUCAAGCUUUUUCUUGUUGAUUUUAAUUUACAUGGUAAAAGAUCAUCGUAAUAAGCUGCGGCUAUAGUAAUCAGAUUACUAGAUAAUCGUGG